UUCAUUUCAUUUUCCUAACUUAAUUACUAAAUAACCAAUAACAACAACAAUAAUAACAAUAACUGCAUAUACUUGAGGCUUUCUGUUCUGUUUCCUCCUCCUUCAUUCCCUUCCUUGGCUUUACAUGCACUACCUUUCAUUUUGAGAAGGGAUCAGAGGGCUGGUGUGGAGUUAGGAAUAUAAGGUUUUGGAGCACCACUUGUGCCCUCUUACAUUAUAGGAUCAAGGCCAAAAUCAGGAGCCUUAUUGUUGCCUUUGAUGCUGAUUGAGCCAUAGAAAAGAGGAUUAAGGGAAAAGCAAGGGAAAAAGUGGUUAAAGGCUUUGCAUAGCUUAUUGGAUACUAUAGAGGAUAAGGCUAUUGCUACAAGGCAAAGUAAACAAAUGGAGGAAAUAUCUUCUAGUGUUGCAGUGCCAUUUACAAUUGGGAACUUGAUUCAGAAGGAGUCAGCAGUGGCAACCCACGUGGAGAUAACUGGUAUAAAGCUUAUGGCAAAUACUGCUGCAGCUUUAAUAUUAAAUCCUUCAGUUGAAGGUUGCCAACCAUAUUCUGUUGGAAGUGAUAAUCAUUCUGAUGUUAGUCUCAAACAUCAAAUUACGGUAUCUGCAGAGAUGAAGGAGAAUGAAGUUGGAGCUGCCGUUGUCUCAGAAAUGGUUAUUGAAUGUGACAGUAAUUGGGUCUUGAGAGAAAGCCAUAACCCACCAAGGAAGGAAGAUGAAUUCAUGCUGGCUGUGGAUUUUCAUUGUCUACAUAGUUCAAGCUCCAAUGACAAACGCAGCCCCUCUGGGGAGGAAGCUGCAUCCUUGAAGGCCAUUUAUUCUGAGAUAGAUUCGCCAGUUAUCAUAGGGGUUGAUGAUAAAAUCUAUGCUGAGUAUGGAUUAAACAAGACACAUCCAGCACUGCAGCCAGAGGAGAACACAGUUUCUGUUGCAAUGGAUCUUGAGAGUGAGGAUCCAAGGGGAUUGGAUGGAUCUGAUCCAAAGUUUUGUGCUGCACCUCUUGAUCAGUCUAACAGAACAAGCAACCCGAAUGCUUCGGAAGUGAGUAGUCGUGUUCUCUGUGGUUUUUCAUCAAUCUGUGGAAAAAGACCAGAGAUGGAAGAUGCUAUAGCUGUUAAGCCUAAACUUCUUCAAGUUCCUUCAAAGAUGCUAACAGAUAGCCAUGUGAACGAUAACACAAUAUGCUCAUUAGCCCACUUUUUCGGUGUCUAUGAUGGACAUGGAGGCUUUCAGGUUGCCAAUUACUGCCGGGAACGCCUGCAUUCAGCUUUGAUUGAGGAGAUAGAAGCUGCACAAUCAAGUUUGGCAGAAACAGAACUAGGAGAUUGUUUACAGGACCAUUGGAAGAAAGCAUUUGUAAGUUGCUUUCAGAAAGUAGAUGAUGAAGUUGGAGGAAUUCGAGCUGGUAAUGGCAGAAAUAACAGUGGUGGAGCAGAGUCUACGAUUGAACCAAUUGCUCCUGAGACUGCUGGCUCCACUGCAGUGGUUGCCAUAUUGAGUCAAUCACACAUAAUAGUCGCAAAUUGUGGGGAUUCAAGAGCCGUCUUGUAUCGUGGAAAAGAAGCCAUUCCAUUGUCUGCUGACCACAAACCAAACAGGGAGGAUGAGUGGGCAAGGAUAGAAGCUGCAGGAGGAAGGGUCAUACAUUGGCAAGGGUACCGAGUUCUUGGCGUUUUGGCAAUGUCAAGAUCCAUAGGUGAUAGGUACUUGAAACCAUGUAUUAUUCCAGAACCGGAAGUGAAGUUUGUGCAACGGGAGAAACAUGACGAGUGCCUUAUUCUAGCUAGUGAUGGUUUAUGGGAUGUGGUGACAAAUGAAGAAGCCUGCGAAGUUGCACGGAAGAGGAUCCUUCUUUGGCACAAGAAGUAUGGCGAGAAUGCGUCAAUGACCGAACAAGUUGAAGAAGGAGUUGACCCUGCAGCUCACUCUGCUGCAGAGUAUCUCUCUAGACUUGCCCUCCAAAGGGGAAGCAAAGAUAACAUAUCUGUAAUUGUGAUAGACUUGAAGGCUCAAAGAAAAAUUAAGAGAAAAGCAUAAGCAAAAUACAUGUUAUCUAGCAUUAAGUUUUACAUAUGUAAUAUCUUCAACUACUAUCCUAUUGAUUUUCAGUUUUUUUUUUUUUUUUUGGCAGUAUUAAGUAUUAACACAUUUAGCCCGCCAGUUUUUCACAGGGCUAAGUAAGUUAUGUAUGCUAAAUUUGCAUUGUACAAUGAUACCUUCACCUUGGAUAAGUUAUCUUUAUGACUAUCAGAGCUUUCCAAGAA